UAUCGUUCUCAAAAGUGCCAUCCGUUGUGAGAAGUGCCAUCCGUGCGACUUAUGUCGGCUGCGGAAAAUUCGACCGUAUAAAAUUGAUAGGUUGUUGCGCGCAAAGUGUGCGAAUUUCUUUUUUCAUCUUAUUUCCGUUUUUGGGAAUCCGAAACAAUCAAGCUGAGAUUUUAUACGUAUUUUUAUAUGAAUCGAAAGAAAAAAAGAUUCUUGUCGCAAAAAUAAAUUUUGUUUCGUAGUGCGACAGUGCGGGGAAGAAGAGAAAGUAAGCCUGUUACGAAGUGAGAUACAUGCUGCUUUAUCGAGUUUCGCGAGACUCUAUGCGCCAAGUGUUGUGAAUGAUGUGAUUACGCAUUAGCAGAACUUUGGAAAAAAAGCGUAACAAAUUUUUAUUUAGGAAAAAAUUUACUUGAAAAUUCUAUCGCAAAAAUCGUUAGAAAUGACCUCAGAUAGAAUGGCAAAGAAUCAGCAUCAGAAUGGUGUAAUACCUGGAGGUGGCACGAUGACCGGACCGGACGAUUUUUCGGAUGGUGAAAGCACUCCUCUGACUCAAGACUAUGUCGGAAGUCAACGCACGAUCGUCGAGACGAAGGGAUGGGACGUAUUCCGGAAUCCGCCGCCGAAGACCGACUCAGGGUCUAUGGCGAAUCAAAAGUGUUUGGAAGGUAUGGUGAAGGUGACCAAGGUUUUCGUCUACCUGCUAGUUUUCGUUAUAGUGCUGGGAAGUGGCGUAGUCGCCAAGGGAACUAUUCUCUUCAUGACAUCGCAGCUUCGUCAGAACAAACAGAUGCUCUACUGCAACCGACAACUAGAUCGAGAAAAUCAGUAUAUAGUGACGCUACCCGAAGAGGAAAGAAUUGCCUGGAUAUGGUGCAUAAUAAUCGCGUUUGCAGUACCAGAGUUCGGUACGCUGGUACGCAGCAUCCGUAUGUGCAUCUUCAAGUCAUGGAAGAAGCCGCAAUUAGGGCACUUUGUCCUGGUUUUCAUCAUGGAGACGUUUCACGUCAUAGGCCUUGCUCUGAUGUUUCUGGCGGUACUGCCUGAUCUGGACGUCGUCAAAGGGGCGAUGUUGACCAACUGCGUGUGCUUCGUUCCCGGAUUACUGGGUCUACUUUCUCGUAACAAAAGCAAAGGUGAGUCAAAGAGGUUCGUCCUCGUUCUCGUCGACAUCGCCGCUCUGGCCGCACAGGCAACCAGUUUUGUUCUUUGGCCUCUGCUGGACUAUUCGAAGCGAUCCUUAUGGCUAAUUCCUGUCGCACUAAUUCUCGUGUCCUGUGGCUGGUGGGAAAAUUAUGUCUCCACGCAAAACCGGAUCGGUUUGAUCAGAUCGCUCGGCAGAGUGAAGAAGGAGAUGAGACUGACGCGAUACUUUACUUACAUGCUUGUGUCCGUCUGGAAGAUCGUGGCAUUCUUUAUCAGCUCGUUACUGAUACUAUACAUAAAAGGGGAGAAAAUCGGACAUCUUUUUACCAUGUUGGGCAGCGCAUUCAGCGAACACAAAAUCACGGUCACAUCCAUUAAAUCAAUCACCGCCAACAGCCUACCCGAUCUCUCGGAGAUCAUCACGGGUGACAUCACCGAGACUUUCAACUCCGACCCUAACACGGCCAUCUAUGUCCUUCUGCUGCAAAUUUUCGGCGCAUACUUGGCCUAUAUUUUCGGCAAAUUUGCGUGCAAGAUCUUGAUUCAAGGCUUCAGCUACGCGUUCCCGGUGAAUCUUACGAUACCGGUGUCGAUCUCGUUGCUGAUUGCCGCCUGCGGUCUCCGCUACAGCGAUCCGUGCUUCUUCCACGGCACCAUUCCGGAUUAUCUGUUUUACGAAUCGCCACCACAGUACUUCCUCAAUGACUUUGUGUCAAAGCAGUACGCCUGGGUAUGGUUGCUCUGGCUGUUGUCGCAGACCUGGAUCACCUUGCAUAUCUGGACACCCAAAUGCGAGCGUCUCGCGGCCACGGAGAAACUCUUCGUGGUACCGAUGUAUGACUCUCUGUUGAUUGAUCAAUCGAUGGGACUGAAUAGGAGAAGAGACGAUCAACCGGAAGUCAAGGUCGAAGAUUUGGCGGAGAUAGAGAAAGAGAAAGGCGACGGCGACUACGAAACGAUUUACGAGCAGACGGACGGCUCGACUACACCUCCGUCCACGGUGAAGAGUAGCGAUCAUGUAACCAGGAUCUAUGCUUGCGCUACUAUGUGGCACGAGAACAAGGAGGAAAUGAUGGAAUUCUUGAAGAGUAUCCUGCGGCUGGACGAGGAUCAGUGCGCGCGACGCGUUGCCCAGAAGUAUCUCAAAGUCGUCGAUCCUGAUUAUUACGAAUUCGAAACUCACAUAUUUUUCGACGACGCGUUCGAAUUGUGUGACCACGAUGAGAACGAGUCGCAGGUGAACAGAUUUGUCAAAUUACUGGUCGGCACGCUGGACGAAGCCGCGUCGGACGUACAUAACACCAGAAUGCACGUGAGAGCGCCUAAAAAGUAUCCGACUCCGUAUGGUGGACGAUUGGUUUGGACUCUUCCCGGCAAAACGAAAAUGAUCGCUCAUCUGAAGGAUAAGAGCAAGAUUCGACACAGGAAGCGAUGGAGUCAGGUAAUGUACAUGUACUACUUGCUUGGACAUCGACUAAUGGAAUUACCGAUCAGCGUUGAUCGCAAGGAAGUCAUCGCCGAAAAUACAUUUUUGUUAACGCUUGACGGCGAUAUCGAUUUUCAACCGGCGGCAGUAAAGCUUCUCGUGGAUCUGAUGAAAAAGAAUAAGAAUCUAGGCGCUGCGUGCGGUCGUAUUCAUCCAGUCGGCUCCGGACCAAUGGUGUGGUAUCAAAUGUUCGAGUACGCGAUCGGUCACUGGCUGCAAAAAGCCACCGAGCACAUGAUCGGCUGCGUGCUUUGCAGUCCCGGCUGUUUCUCGCUGUUUCGUGGUAAAGCUCUGAUGGACGACAACGUUAUGAAGAAAUACACGACCAGAUCUGACGAAGCGAGGCACUAUGUGCAGUACGAUCAGGGCGAGGAUCGUUGGCUGUGCACGUUGCUGUUACAACGAGGAUACAGGGUGGAAUAUUCGGCCGCAAGCGAUGCUUAUACCCAUGCGCCGGAAGGAUUCAACGAGUUCUACAACCAACGACGCCGCUGGGUGCCUUCCACCAUCGCGAAUAUCAUGGACUUAUUGAUGGACGCAAAACGCACGAUCAAGAUAAACGACAAUAUCUCGCUGCUUUACAUCUCAUAUCAAAUCUUGCUGAUGGGCGGUACGAUUCUGGGACCUGGCACGAUCUUCCUCAUGUUGGUGGGUGCGUUUGUGGCAGCCUUCAAAAUCGAUAACUGGACGAGUUUUUACUAUAACAUCAUUCCUAUCUUGCUCUUCAUGAUCAUCUGCUUCACAUGUAAAGCGAAUAUGCAGGUGAUAGUGGCAGCGGUGAUCAGCACCAUGUACGGCAUCGUGAUGACCGCGGUGAUCGUCGCGUUCGCGAUCAACAUCGUGAAAGAGAGCCUGGUGUCGCCGAGCGCGCUGUUCCUGUUCCUCGUGAUGAGCGAGAUCGCGUUUACGGGUAUUCUGCAUCCAUACGAAAUCGGUUGCCUGCUGCACGGUCUGAUCUAUUAUCUGGCGGUGCCCUCGAUGUACGUGCUACUAAUCAUAUACUCACUCUGCAAUCUCAACAACAUCUCAUGGGGCACGCGGGAAAUUAAGACGAAGAAGACCCGCGCGGAACUCGAACAAGAGAAGCGGGAGGCGGAAGAAGCGAAGCGCAAGGCCAAGCAGAAGUCUUUGCUGGGCUUCCUACAGAACGGCGCGGGCACCAAUGACGACGAUCAAGGCUCUAUUGAGAUAUCGCUAGCUGGCUUGUUUAAGUGUUUGCUUUGUACCCAUGGCAAACCGUCCGCUGAGAAGCAGCAGCUCGUGGCGAUUGCGGAAUCACUCGAACAGCUCGGCAAAAGGCUCGAAACUAUCGAGAGAGCGGUGGAUCCACAUAGUCACGGAAGAAGAAGAGCCUCAUCCGCAGGUUCACGCACCGCCGAUCCUCUAGGAGCGAUCGGUGAGGAUCCGGCUGAAAACGAAGACGCUAGCGAUACUGAUACGGUGACCAGUCAGAAUAGCGAAGGUAAUCGCGAUGGAAGCAAUUUUCUUACUCGGCCCUAUUGGUUAAGUGACGACGGCCUGAAGAAGGGCGAGGUGGACGUGCUCUCGCUUCAGGAAGAACAAUUCUGGAAGGACCUGCUUGAGAAGUAUCUCUAUCCAAUCGACGAGGACAAGACAGAGAAGGCACGAGUCGCCAAAGAUCUAAAGGACCUACGCGACCAGAGCGUCUUUGCGUUCUUUAUGAUGAACGCUCUCUUCGUCCUGAUCGUCUUUCUGCUGCAAUUGAACAAAGACUUGUUGCACAUCAAGUGGCCAUUCGGUAUCAAGACAAACGUCACGUUUAACGCUGAAUCAAUGGAGGUACACAUCACGAAGGAGUACUUGCAACUCGAACCGAUUGGUCUCGUGUUCGUCUUCUUCUUCGCGCUGAUAUUGGUCAUACAAUUCACCGCAAUGUUGUUCCAUCGAUUCGGCACGCUGGCCCACAUUCUGGCCAGUACUAGCUUAGAUUGUUGCAAGAAGACGAACGAACUCUCCGAGGAAGCUUUGCUAUCGAAACACGCAGUCGAAAUAGUGAGGGAUCUGCAGAGACUGGAAGGAAUAGAAGGCGACUACGAGGAGGGCAGCGGUAGCGGGCCCGGUAGACGAAAAACGAUCAGAAAUCUGGAGAAGAGCCGCAGAAAGACGCAGGCGAUCAACACACUCGAUGUGGCCUUUAGACAGCGAUUCUUCAGCAUGAGCGAAGGCGCAGGUUUGCCGAGAAACAUGUCGACGCGACGCACAACGGAGGCGUUUAAGGCGUUCGAGGGCAGACGUAAUAGUAUUAUGGCAAUGCGCCGGAAGUCGCAGAUGCAGACUCUGGGCGCGAACAACAUCUACGGUGUGGCCGGCAAUCCUCUGGGGAUCCAGGGUCGGCCGUCCCGCAGCAGUCAAAUAUCCGUGAAGGAUGUGUUUGAGGGGCACGGACCGACGGCAGGGCAUGUGAACGCUGCUUACGAGGGCGACGACAGUCCCGGUAACAGUCUGCGGCUGCAGAAUCUCGGGAGCAGCCAAGUUACGUGGCGGGAAGCCAAUUCCAAUGUGUGAUUCCACUCCUUCCCUAUAUUUUAACAAAGAACCUGGUGAAUUAAUUGUAUUAUUGAGGAACUUAUCUCUGAAUCGUCUUCCAAGUAUUUAAAAAAAAUAGGGAUUAAUUAUCACGUGCUUUUUGUGAUUUUUUUUUAACAGAUACCAGUGAAUAGCAAGAAUCGACAAUCAUCAUAUUCACGCUAUUCGAUCUGUUUGCUGUUUUGUUGAUUGGAAUAUACUGAAAACUGUCUGAUCUAAAAAGUAAUGCUUUAAAAAUGUUUCUUCAUUGAGCUCCAUUUUUUACAGAUAUCGAUGUAAAAGUAUUUGGAAAUAAGCUCUUCAGCUUAUUAAAUAAUCAAGCAAAUUUAUGCGGUUUUUAAUAUUAACAGUUGUAAUACUUUUAUACCUAGAUACUAACUAUAUCACAAAUGUAAUUUUUGUAAACAAAUUUUUCAAUCCGCAUAAAUUAGAUUGAUUAUCUAAUAAUUGCAUCAUUGCUAACAAAGCCUGAUCGUGUUCCCUUACAUGGUUCUGCAUACUUUUCAUCCAUUUUUCUUUUUCUUUUGUUUUCAGCACGUUCAUUAUCUUCAUCAUUUUUAUCGCAUUUUUUAUUAUCUGAAAUUCAUAAAGAAAUACAUAUUAUAUCGUAUUAUUGUGUUACAAUAGGUCUAUCAUUUUUUCCGUUCUGCAUUACUGUACUUUUUGCAUACGUACUUUAUUUACUUUUUUCUCUCUUUAUUUAAGUCUUAAAUAUAAAUCUAGGUAUAUAUUUUUACUUUUAUUUUAUCUGAAAUGUAAAAAGUUUAAUGUAAUGCAGUUAUAAGGAAUAGACCUGACUUUCGUCUUGUUACUGCCAAUAAAUCGGCAGUCAUUGCGAUGAUUACGCUUACUCGCUCUGUUUUUUUUAUGCGUAUGUGAUAAGGUAAAUAUUUAAAAUAAGAGUUGAGUAUGAGUGCUUGAAAGUAUGUAAAUUGCACGUGAAUGCACUUGAGAAUUGUAUGCAUAUAAUAAUGAUAACAAUAAUAAUAAUAAUAAUAAUAAUAAUGUCACGUAUGUUGUGAAACUUUAA